GUGUCGAUCGAGGGAUUGUUAAUUUUGAGUGUUGCGCAACAGCGCAACAUGCAGCUUGUCAAAUGUCAGGUGACCUCAGCGAGCGCGCCCCUCGAAAUUAUGCCUUGUCAGCUAGCUAUGAAGCUCCGGGAAAAUGUCUGCGCCCAUCCCACUCCAUGUCAGAUUUAUUUAUCGCGACUACCAGAUGAAAAACAUUUAAAAUGGCGGGUUGGCCAUCUGUUCUCGUAGCAAUCGGCGUUGCUUUGGCAGUUAUAGUUGUUAACGAAGAGAGCAUGUACAACCGACGUAGAAAUCGCAGUGGAAAUUCAGGAAAACACAAUCAUCAGACAAAGUGUGAUAUAUUCAUUGGAAUCUUAUCUGCAAGGGAUCAUUUUGAGCACAGAAAGGCCAUACGUGAGACAUGGCUUGGUUAUAUACACACUCACCCUAGGUGGAAGAGAAGGAUUUGCAGCAAAUUUGUUGUUGGUAACCACUCCUGCCACUUACCUCCUGAAUACAGAAGAGAUCCAUAUUCAUGUACACCACUCAACAUUUCAAAAACAGGGAAGCCCAAGGACAUUGUAGCAAUGACAGUCAUCAAUGAUACAGGGAUAUACAGACUGACUUCAGGUCCAAUAGGAUUUGAUUUCAAGGUUCAUUAUCCUAUCAUCCUUCACAAGCUUGGUGUCUUUGAUUCUUCUGCUGAUGGCAUCAAACAUCCUCUCACAGUUUCUCUCUUUGAUACUUGGAGGCAGGAAAAAGUAGUUAGUGCUCGUUUUAGCCCAGAACAGCCCGGUGUGUUUAUUGAAGGUUAUAGAUUCAGAGCAGUGGAGCCAUAUCUUCUUCCAAAGGGCUUUGAAGGAACGAUAGUUGUGAACAGUUUCAAUAAAGAUGAUCCUUCCACUACACUCUACCUCAGCAAAGAUGCUACUAAUAAUGGAGGGGGUGUUAUAGAACUACAACAGUAUAGCAGAUAUAGCGAGGACAAUUCAGAAUUUCCUGAGAAAGUUGAAAAACUUGAUAGAGGCACAGAAGCUUUGGUUUCAGGCAACUUUAUUUACAAUAUUCAUGAACCUGAUAAACUCUCUGUUUGGAUGAAUGUAAGCGAAGAACAAUCUUCAAAAUGGCAUUCAAAGAUUGUCAAUGAGACAAAAGCUCUCCAAGCCGAGGCUGAGGAUCAGAAUGAUAUACUCCUUCUGGAUGUUGUAGAUACUUACAGAAAUAUUCCUGCAAAAAUGCUGCAAUUCUAUGAAUGGGUGGUGCAAUCAAGCAAUAUCCAAUAUGUAAUCAAAACUGAUGAUGAUGUUUACAUGAAUCUGGAUAAUAUUAUGCAGAGCUUUGGAAAUGAGGAGUAUCCAGCAUCUAAACUUUGGUGGGGUCAGUUCAGAUUUGGCUGGUCAGUGGAACAUCAUGGGAAGUGGGCGGAGCAUGACUACCAAUCACCUGUUUACCCAUCGUUUGCCUGUGGAUCAGGCAGUCUAAUGACAAGGGAUCUAUUUCAGUGGAUAGCUACUAAUUCAAGAAAUCUUUUCAAGUUUCAAGGAGAAGAUGUAUCCUUGGGUAUAUGGUUAGCUGCUCUUCAACCAAAUUACCAUGACGACCUGAGGUGGCACUGUGACAAUGUAUGUUCAUCUUCAAUGUAUGUAUCUGCAGAAUUAACUCCAGAUGAAAUCCGAAGUAGAUGGCAUCAUAGAAAACAAUGUGGAGACCCAUGUGGCUGUGGAUGACGUUAGUUUACAUUAUUUUUUUUUGUAGAAAAUAUAGUUUAUAUAAUUCUCCUGCUUCUUUUUCUUUUUGAGAAAGGGACAGAGAGAGAGAUAGAGAGACAGAAUGGGGGGAUGAAAGAGAGACAAAAAGCAGAAGGGGGUCACAGUUAUUUUGAAAUUUGGUAAUAUAAAUUAUGAAUCUUUAUAUCUAAGUUGUACAUCUUCUUUUGGAAUUACCAAUCUGUGCAAUGUGUGCCUAUUGAUCCCUACUUCAAACCAUGAUUGAUUGAAUCUUGUAGUUAGUACAUUUUUUUAUCGAUAACUUUGGAAUGUAAUAAUUACAAUCAUUCAUUUCUUUUAUUAUGCCUGUCACGUAACAUUUAGCAUAUCUAUGUACUUCUCAAUAAAAAAGAAAGAGAAGCUGGAGAAUUCAUUGUUGUCCACAAGUUGGAAUCGUUACCUCUUUCUCUUUUUGUGAAGUGAUUGUGACUGUGUAAUUUAUUCUUGUGAUGUUUAGUUACCAUUAAUAAAUGUUAAAACUUGCCUUACUAUUUGUGGUAAAAUUGAAGAGUCUAAAGAAAUUAUAUACUAUACAAAUGAUGCAUGCACAAGAGUUCAUUAUGCGAUCUAUCCUCACUCUAGUUGAGGUUCUGUUCAAUCUAUUGCAAGAAGCCAUUAGGCUGAGUACAAUGGGGUGAACACAGUCUCAUUGAGAGUGGAUAGGUUGCAUAAUGGAUGAAUGAAGACAUUCAUCAUUUGGUUUAUACAAUAACUCUUGUAGAUUGUGUUAUUUGACAAAAUAAAAGAAAAAAAAUAACAAAAGCAGAUGGAAUUAAAAUGUAUUUGCCUUUGUCCGAAAAUUCAUUUUCUCUGAAAACACGAGAACUUUCCCCAUGUAUGAAAGCAGUUAAGGACGUUCCACAGUUAAAAUGAAGUCCAUGUCAUUUUCACCAAAUUUUGCAGAGUUACUUUGGUAUCUAUGCAUUAUAAAAAUGCUAAAAAUAAUAUAGGUUCAUGUGCUUAUUUUUUUUUUUACGGGACUUCAAAGUCGCCGUAUUUGAAUGAUAUAAAAUGUUGCGCAAUCAUGAGAAUUAUGCCUUUCUUAGACCUCACGAAUUCACCAAAUGAGUUUGAAUUAUCUUUACUCUUUCGAUAUUGCAUCAAACUCAUCAAACUUUCAGAAUGUGUAACUAAGUAGAUACCAAAGUAGUAGAAAGUCUUUUAAUUGGUAAAACUAUAUCUAUUUGGAGUCAGCAGUGCCCCCAUUUGGCAAGAAUGGUGCAAAAACUCGGAAAAAACAAAUCUUCAAAGACGUGAAUCUACUAAAAAAAAAAAAUAAUAAUAAUUUAAGCUGCACUUUAUUCAAAAUCCAUGUCAUUUUCAUCAAAUUCAGCUAAAUUGUAGAGAAAUGUGUAUGGAAGAUGUAGGGAAGUUAAAAAUAUAGGGUCCAUGUGCUCGUGUUUUAACUAUAAGUGUCCAAAGUGUUGCGAGUUGGCUUGAAAAUCGCCUAAAAUGUGCCAAAAACGUGCAAAUGUCUAAUAACACCGUCUAAAAUGGGAAUGGUUCCGUAGUUUUGCUCCCAAACAUUCAAAAUCGAUGUCAUUUUCAUCAUACUCUCUAGAUUUGUAGAGGAAUAUAUUCUAAAGCCGUUAAAAUAAUAAAAAUAUAGGGUCCAUAUGCUCGUUUUUAAACUAUCAGGGUCCAAAGUGUUGCGAGACGGCUUGAAAAUAUUGAAAUCCUCCUAAAGUGCGCUGAAAACGUGCAAAAGUCUAAUAAUACCGUCUAAAAUGCGAAUGGUUCCCGUAUUUCGCUCCCAAACAUUCAAAAUCCAUGUCAUUUUCAUCAUUCUCUCUAGAGUUGUAGAGGAAUAUAUUCUGAAGCCGUUAAAAUAUUAAAAAUAUAGGGUCUAUGUGCCCGUUAUUUAGUUAUCAGUGUCGAAAUUGUUGCGAGUUGGCUUGAAAAUCGCCUAAAUGCGCCGAAAACAUGCAAAAAGUCUAGUAAUACCGUCUGAAAUGCGAAUGGUUCCCGUAUUUCGCUCCCAAACAUUCAAAAUCCAUGUCAUUUUCAUCAUUCUCUCUAGAGUUGUAGAGGAAUAUAUUCUGAAGCCGUUAAAAUAUUAAAAAUAUGGGGUCUAUGUGCUCGUUUUUUAGUUAUCAGUGUCCAAAUUGUUGCGAGUUGGCUUGAAAAUCGCCUAAAUGCGCCGAAAACAUGCAAAAAGUCUAAUAAUACCGUCUAAAAUGCGAAUGGUUCCCGUAUUUCGCUCCCAAACAUUCAAAAUCCAUGUCAUUUUCAUCAUUCUCUCUAGAGUUGUAGAGGAAUAUAUUCUGAAGCCGUUAAAAUAUUAAAAAUAUGGGGUCUAUGUGCUCGUUUUUUAGUUAUCAGUGUCCAAAUUGUUGCGAGUUGGCUUGAAAAUCGCCUAAAUGCGCCGAAAACAUGCAAAAAGUCUAAUAAUACCGUCUAAAAUGCGAAUGGUUCCCGUAUUUCGCUCCCAAACAUUCAAAAUCCAUGUCAUUUUCAUCAUACUCUCUAGAUUUGUAGAGGAAUAUAUUCUGAAGAACUUAGGACAUUUAAACUAUGGACCCCAUGGUUCAUGUGCUCGUUUUCAAAUGAUCCGUGUCCAAGGUGUUGUAAGUUGGCUUGAAACAGCCCAAAAUGCGCCGAAAACAAGCAAAAGUCUGUUAAUACCAUGUAAAAUGCGAAUGGUUCCGUGGUCUUGUUCCCAAACAUUGAAAAUCCAUGUCAUUUUCAUCAUACUUUGCACAUAGACACUUUAGCACCUGAAUAUUCCAAAUAUGCACAAAUUAACAUCUAUAGGUCCAUAUGCUUGGUUUUUUUCUAUAGAGCUUUAAAGUUAACCCAAAUAGAUGUUCUUAAGAAUUGCGCAUUCAAAAGAAUUUGGCAUUUUUAGACCACACGAGAUCACAACAAUGAGUUUAAAGCUAUAUUACUCAGUCAAAAUCCAUGAAAACUUUAUCAAAUUUUGCAAUAUGAUUAAUAAUUGUAUCCUUAAAAUGGAUAAUCUAUGCUUUCAAUUGCUUGCUCAUUUAAGUCUAACAGCACUCUCAGUUCUUAGAAAUUGCGGGAAAGAUAACAAAUACUCAACCUCAAAAUUUUCGAAUUUCAAUAACAAACUUGAAAAGUAAAAGCAAUGCUCCACUUUAUUAAAAACCCAUGUCAUUUUCACCAAACUUUGCAAAGUUGUAGAGGAAGGUAUACAUAAGAGGUGUAAACAUUAACAAAUAUGGGUUCAUGUGCUUUUUUUUUUAACUAUCAGCACUCUUAUUAGAGCAAAUGUGCUUCUUAAAACACCCAUCAAAAGCUUUGUAUCUGUGAGGAAAAAUUCCGAACCACUCUACCAUUUAUUUUAUUCAAACUCAGGGUCAUAUUCAUCAUACUUUGCAGCACUACAGAGAAAAGUAUUUUGAAAUUGUAGAGGAAUAAAAAGAAUGGUCCAUGGAAUAAUUCCAGUUUCUUAGCUUCAUAAACACAUCGGAUCUGCAGUUAGUGCAGAUUCAUCCAUUGUGACGUCAGCGCGCGGAGGGUAAAAUAUGCAGAUCAUGAUGCGCACAAACAUAACUGUGGAACGUCCUUAAAGCAGUUAAUUGUUUUCGCCCUUUGAUUUAUGAAUAUGAGUGUGCACAGGCACAGUCAGCCUUGUUACUUUGAUCCACGCAAACACACAUACAAAAUGCUCAACUUUGC